CAUGCGUGUCUGAUUUACUUCCUUGUAUAAAUAGCGUUGAUGUAAGCUUGAAGCUUAAAAUUAUUUCCGCAAAGGAACAAGAUAUCUUCGAAUAGAUAAGCAAACCAUCAAACAAUAUCAAAAUACACUGAUUAAAUAAAGCUUGUGUUUGUGAACUUCAGGUUACCUAUGGAUUUAACAUACACUGCUAUAAUCCUUGCAUCACUUUUGGUCGGAGUUUUGGCCAACCCUGGAGUGUCAAGAAAGGAUCUACUGAGAUGGCUGCUUUACGAACAGAUUUGGGAUGGGAAAGUAAGACCUGGAAUUGACACAGGUGAGCCCGACAAUGUGACUUUGCAACUGCUUGUGAAGAACCUGCAUUCUGUAAGCGAAGCAAACAUGCAAUACAGCCUCGAAGUGUUUCUUAGAAUGUGGUGGCAAGACGAACGGCUCAAUUUUACUGCCAACCACACUAGUUAUAACUGCGUAGAGUUGGAUGUCAACCAGAUGAGGGCUGUUUGGGAACCAGACCUCUACUUCAGCAAUGAACUGCAAGGCGCAACCCACAAGAUCACUUCGUCCAAUAGGCUAAUGCAUCUGUUUAAGAAUGGCACUAUUGUUUUCAGUAUAAGGUUGUCCCUGACAUUAAGCUGCUUAAUGCACCUCCAGUACUACCCGUUCGACACUCAAGCAUGCCCGGUAUCCGUUCAGAGUUUUGGGCAUACCUCCAGAAGUAUUCUGCUGAACUGGUUGCCAGAUAAGGCCGUUGUGAUGGAUAAAAAGGAGAUCCCGAACUUUAACAUUUGGUACAAUUUGGGGCCAGAUCGCACCAAUGAACGUGUCAACACCGAAGUGUUCUCCACUCUCAGCGUUGACUUCGUUUUAAAGAGAAAGAUUGGGUUAUACUUCAUGCAAGUCUUUGUACCAAGUCUAUUGUUCGUGGUGCUCUCUUGGGUUUCAUUUUGGGUGGACCACAAAGCUGUUCCGGCACGUGUUUCCUUGGGCAUCACAUGUGUGCUUGCCAUUGUAACGCAAAGCAGCGGAAUACACCAUGUUCUUCCGAAUGUGUCCUAUCCGACAGCCAUAGACAUUUGGAUGUUAGUAUGUCAGCUGUAUGUCUUUGCUGCUCUGCUAGAGUUCGCCAUCGUGAAUGUCUUAGACAAGACCGUAAACGAUGCAGUGGAUUCGUGCGGGCAGAAGUGCUGGUCGGUUUUGUGCCAUGUUCAAGGAAACGCGGAAAGAGCUCAGAGGGUGGAUGUUAUAUCACGACUCGUGUUUCCAGCAACGUUUGUGCUCUUUACCUGCAUAUUCUUUAUUGUUGUUGAGAGCAAGAACGACAGCAUGAACUAUGAAAACCUGUUCACUACAGAGGCUAAUUAACUAGUGUUUUGUUUUUAAUCCCAGAAGUGCUGGUCCUGUUCAUGUUUUAAAACUGCACUCUCACAGAUUGAACGUUUUGACAACUUUUUAAUGUUUUGUCCUGGAGCGAGCCAAUUUUUGCGAAAAUCCAUGAAAACCAGUCAUAUUAGUCUGCUGACAAAAUAUUAGAUCGCAGAUUUUUAUAUUUAAGUUCAAAAAUUGAUUUUUUAUGCAUUUUUCUUAAACCGUUAGUAAACCAUAAGAAAUAAAUUUUCGAACGAAAUAAGAAAAUCUGCGACCUGAUCUUUUGUCAGCAGUCUUAUAUAUAACAUUGGUUUGCAGAUAUUUACGCAAAAACUGGCUUGCUCCAAGACAAAAAAUAAAAAAAAGUUAUUUAAUGGUAAAUCUGUGAGAGUGUAGCUUUAAUGGUAACGGUACAAAACAGCCAGAGUUGUUGAGAUUAACACCAGCGCUUUAGUAUGAGUGUAAUAUUUCAAUAAACCAGUUGUUCAAGGCUACAGUUCAAUAAACAGCGUGUGGCGUAUUAGUGAAUAACGUUGUAAUUUAUAUCCAUGGUAGAUAUAGAACGAUGGCUUGUUACCGCUCUGAUAAGGGAAAUAAUAUGUAGAUAACAUAUAAAACAUGGUACACGUAUACUUAUACAAUACUACUAACCACCAGCGGGACAUAGGGGCGGGGCAUCCGGUGUGCGCCCCCUAAAAUCGUCCAAGUUUGGAUUUAUUUCAAUAUAGGGAAACAUUCAUAUGAAACAUUUCUAUUAACAUUCACGGUUUUUUCUAUUUUCUACUCAAGUUAUAAUGUUCAUGGUGCUAAUGGUGCAAUUCUACACCUUUUCUUUGUAUUGUUUUGUGUCUUUUUCGUUUUGUGAUUACUGCUACAAAUUCAAUAUGAAUAACUACUGCUACAAAUUCAAUAUGAAUAACUACUGUUACAAAUUUACAGUAAGCUGAAGUAUUUGAAAAAAAUGUUUUGUCAUUAGUAUUAAAGAUGCACUCUUACUCCCAUAUAAGAUUUCCAAAAUUAAUAGAAUUGUUUUAAUAUACCAAAAAGAAUUAAUAAAUGUCAAAAACAAUGGUUCUUAUGAAGGGUACUGAGUUUAAUUUUAAAGUAAGGUGCAGAAAUACGGUAUUUCUACCUUAUGAGACGAUAGUAGAUCACAGUAAAUCUUUUAGCAUUCACCAAUCAUUUAUUUAUUUAUUUUGCGUUUUCAGCUAUUAAAUACAUGGUUUCAAUCUUGUUGUCAGUAAAUAAUAUUUUCCAUCAAUACAUUAUUUAGUAAGUAGUUAAAGGUUUAUCAUUCAAAAUUUAUGUUUGUUAUACAUGUGUAUGUAUUGAUUUUGAAUAAUAGUCAAUGUGUGGAAACGGACACCAGAUAUAGCUCAAAAAGUGAUCUGUAAACAGACAAUUAUGCAGUUGUUUUUCUUAACCAAAGGUAAGAUCUUGCUGUGUAAACGCAUUCGUAUCCGUAUCCACAAAUGAAGCAAGUGUUUGAACUAAUAGCUGAAUGCUUAUUUUGGCCUAUGGUAUACUUUAAAGUGCUUACGAUUUAGCAGACUUCGUAAAAUGUUUCUUCAAAUCUGAGCUGAUCACCUCAAAACAUACAGAAUUUCGACAAGUAUUGUUAUUUUUAGGAAAUAUAUCGAAUAAAUAAAAAAUCUGAAUCGAAGGAUUUCACUAGCAUAAGCUCAACUUUUUUAUUGUGAGAUAUGGCAAUGUAACUUUUAAACUGUUAAAGAUAUGCCCUUAGAAAUGUUCACAGUACUGUACUGGGGAUAGCCGUAUUAUGUACUGGGGAUAGUUUCAAAGUUGAGAAAUUUGUGUCCUGGUGAUAACAUAUAAAAUGGGACAAAAAUUGAUAGUGACACUGUUAAUAUACAAUAUACAUGUAUAUGUCUAUUUCGAACUUUCAAAUAAUCUGCAAAGAAUGAGAGUACAAUUUGAUAAGAAAUUAUUGAGCCAACUUUAGUUAACAAUGAGUUUGAUCCAUGCUCUCCUAAAUGAACAUAUAUAUAUAUAUAUAUAUAUAUAUAUAUUUAUAUAUAUAUGCACGCUGCGUAAAUAUCAGGGUUGGUCACAAUACAUUCUUUCUCACUGAAAUGAACGAACAGAGAAUAUUAUUUUGUUCUAAGUAAUACCAAAAUCGACCCAAGCUAAGAAAAUAGCUUUACGUGUUCCAAAUAUGAUCACAAUAUCUCAUUCCCUACUGGUGACUUGCUGUGUGCAAAAACGUACCUACUUGAUUUACAAAGCAAUACUAUAUAUAUGAAAUGCAAACACCACAAAAAUUCUACGGCCAUAUCUUUUGUGUUACUCAAUAAAUCAGAUUACCGGCGUAUUUCAAAUAUUUAGAUAUUGAUGCUUGUGAAAAACACAUCAUGGUUAACUAAUAUGUAUGAAUGGAACAGUUUUAAGUGCAUACAGAUACAAAAAAACAACAACAUGUUUUUGCUCUCAUCCCUCGAUAUGGACAACAUCGAACAAUUUCCGUCAAGCUCGCGUAUAGAUAAAUAGCCGUAAUCAUUAUCACAGUCUCGUUAUUCUAAAUACAUCGUUACUAUCCUCAGCCCACUUAAUAGCUAUCCCCUGUGCAGUUAUUUAUUUGCUUCAUCUAUCCCCAGUACACUACCAGGGCAUCAAAAGGUAUGAAUUUUUCCGUAACAACAAAAUAUAUCAUAUUGAUAUUUUACACAUUACUAGAUUAUGUAAUUAUAAUGAAAUCGCUCGAUUCAGUUUUUAUUCUUAUUUUCAAUUUGUUAAUUAAUGUUUGAAAUCGUACCACAUAAAUUAACAUUUGUGAGCGAUCAUGCAACUUUCGGAGUGAAUUGGGCUAUUAUACAAAAGAGGAGACAUAUUUCCAUCAUAGUCGUAUAUUGCACAGUAUCAAGUAAUUCAAAACUCUUCGAUUUUGUUAAAUAUAUCAACAUAAAAUACAAAAAAUGAUAGAAAACUGACCAUGUGUCAAAAUCAAACGCUUAUCGAUUGAUCAUUUGUUUAGCUAUAUCCGGUGUCCAUUCCCACACAGUGAUAGUGUCACUUUAAUCUUAUGCAUUCCAAAAACCAUCUGAGUAAAAAGUUCAACAUGUUAAGAUUAUAAGUAUCUUCCAUGGCCGAGAGUGUAAGAUAGGUUCAUUCCGACCCGAGCGUAGAGUGUUUUGCGGAAACGAGGUUUACCGCGUUUCUGCAAAACACCCUGCGCGAGGGUCGGGAUGAACCUAUCUUACACGAGCGGCUAUGGUAGAUCCUUUUUCUCCCACCUCAGUUAAACAAACUUAAGUAAAAAUGUAUUUUUGCUGGAACUCUUUUGUGCUUAGUGAAAAUAAAUGCAUAUGUAUAUGUGAUAAAUCGUGGUUGUCAUGGAUAUGCGCGCAGUGAUUCGGGUUAUGUUAACAGUCAAAUCGGUCUUUAAAAAGUUCUGAGGAGAGUGAAGCAUUAUUUCUAGAAAGGUGCGUAAAACUGUUUUAUAGUGACAUUUGAAGCGAGAAAUAAUUAGUUAGCGAUCUAAAUAUUGCCAGAAGACAAGAUUUCCAUGGUGCUACAGACGACAGUCUUCAACAAGGGAGGUAAUUACAAUGUGGCGACCAUUAAAAGGAGUUCCAUACGGGCAUUUUAUCUUCGCCCGUGGGCAAGAUAAGAAUUUCUAGCAUUGUAAAAUUAUUGGAUCUACUUAUCUGAGGUGGGAGAAAACCGAAUCUUUGUCAAUCAUGCCACUACAUUGUUAUAAUCUAAACUGAACUAAUUUUUUAGCAUUAUGUAAGUUAUAGUUAGCCGUUUUCAAUUGUUUAUUUGUUGUUUAUUUGAUCUGCUUCUGUAUUGCAUGCAGGACUUUGUAUAUUAAUAAUAAAGUUUUCAAAAAGA